UUUUGUUUGUAAUUGGCCUUUUUGAUAUAUUAAUAAAUAAUGAAAACGGUCGACAAUGUUUAAUGACGUAUAUGUAUGAAUGGCCAGAUUAUACUAGAAUUUACCUUAAAGAAAAUGAAAAGUUUCCGCAAUACGGUCUAUACGCUUACAGUGAAGGUAAAUACAAAUAUAAAUAUCACGAAUUAAAAUUUAAAGGAGUACCGGUAUUGUUUAUACCUGGAAAUGGAGGAUCAUAUCAACAAGUACGAUCUUUGGCGUCAAUUGCGUUGCGCAAAGCUAUAGCCAGCUAUAAAUUCCAUUUUAAUUUCUUUACCGUUGACUUGAAUGAAGAAUUAUCUGGAUUGUAUGGAGGUGUACUAAAUGCACAAGCAGAAUUUGUAAAUCAUUCCAUUUACCGAAUAUUACAAUUAUAUUCAACGAGACCACCAAAAGAACAACCCAAAACCGUGAUAUUAGUUGGACAUUCUAUGGGUGGAAUAGUUUCUUUAAAAGUGAUGACAAACAUGAAAGAUGCUCAAAAUGUUGAUUUAAUAAUAACAAUGUCAGCGCCACAUUUACGUCCACCCAUCAAUUUAGAUCCAAGCACUGAAAAGUUUUAUAAAGAUAUUAAAAAAGUAUGGGAACCACGCGCCGAUUAUUUAUUGAAUAAAACCGUUAUUACAGUUGGUUCUGGCUUUAACGAUCGAUUAAUUAAUACCCAUUUAACUCAAUUCGAGUCCUCGUCUAUUCAUGCAAUUACCACAGGUAUUCCAAAAGCCUGGGUAGAUACUGCACAUGUAGUAAUUGUAUGGUGUAAGCAAGUUAUAAUGGCUAUUCUCAGAUCUCUAUUUGAUCUAAUUGAUCCAGACACUCGACAAUUAAUUGCUGAUGACAGCAUUAGAAAAGAAGUAUUUCAUCAUUAUUUAGUUCAUAAUAGCGGUAUUAAUUUGAAAUACAAGGGGGUGUAUGCUAAUGUAAUGCCAAGUUCGAAAAUAGGAGAUUGGAUUGAAAUAAAUGGCGAACAAACAUCGUUUGACUCAACCAAUGUAUCAUUAAGACAUGUACGAUGGAUUAUGAUACCAGUAUCACGAGAUUAUUUAAAUAAGAACAUUAUUAUUCAAGCACGAAAUUUAGCUGAAACUAAUUGGAUUUUUUAUUGUAGUGCUAUUUCAGUAACAUUUUCAAAACAGAUUUGUGAAAAAAUGUAUCAUUUAUCUCAACAUUCGGAAAUUGUACCAUCAGUUCUUGAAAAACGUCGAGAAAUAAAUGUUGACUUCAAGCACAUUUUUAAUAAAUUCCCCGAGGUUACACAUUUAAUUGUAAAAAUUCCAGCUGAUUCGAAAGAUGUAAAAAUAGACGUUGAUAUUUUUGAUCCAGUAUCAAGAAAUUUGGAUGUUUUUGUUCCUGGAUGGUAUUCAAUUUAUAAUAACCUUAUUUUCAAAAGUGUACCUCAAGGGGGUAUCAAAUAUAAAAUAAAUUUACAUAACUUUGAUCACGUUUACAAUGCGGCAUCGUUAGUAGUGAAAUCUGAAUGUAAUACAAGUAAUUAUCAAAUUGUAGCUACAUUUAAAGCUCCAUGGUCUAAACAAAGCACUUCAGGAUUUUUUAAUGUUCAAAAUAAGAAACCUAUUCCACUCAGUGUUUUUUCAUCUAAACCACCAGAAUUUAAGUAUGAAUAUGCAUAUUUGGAAAUAAAUUUGGAUUCGUCUUGUAUUUCCGAAAUACGGAUAAAAAGUAACAUAAUUGAAUCGUUAGGUCAAAUAACACGUCACUAUUCAAUAAUGUUAAUAGCAAAUAUCGGUGCUGUGCUAAUAUUAAUUUUACGUUAUCAAUUGCUUCAAGACAAUUGCACAUCAAUAAUUAAUACAACAAUAAUUCAAGCAACAAAACCAUUUUACUUUUUAAUAACUGUACAAUUAAUCACAGAAUUAUUAAAUUCAAAUCUGUUUGCACAUUUUAUACAAACUGAUGUAACGAUAUUGACAAAAGAAAAUAUGAAUUUUACUUUGUUACCAAUCGUAUUAUAUUUGGGUGGUAUUGGUUGUGUCUUUAUGUUAUCAUUCGGUUUAUGGAUUGGAAUUAUGCUUGGCGGUUCGACUGUACAAAAAUUGACAUUAAAAGUAUUAUGUAAACGAAUGUUUGGGUUUGUUCGAUUAUCCGAAUGGAUGUUAGAUUGUAUGCAAAAUUUUACUUUUGGAAUUAUAUGUGCUUUAAUUUGUUUAGCUAAAAGUUUAAUAAAAACAUCUGUGAUAUCGAUGAUUAAAAAAUUUAAAAACAAAUUAUUUUCUAAAAAUCAGUCGGUAAAUGAUGCAAAUAAAACCGACCCUAGUAAAAAUUCGACAGAAAUGAAAGCAAUCAAUAAUUCUAAAACAUGCAAAAAAAUAGAAAAUUAUGAAAAUAAAAAUAUUGCAGCUUUAUCACAAGUGGAAGAUUUUACACUUGUUUCGAAACCUGCUAACGGUUAUGGAAUUGGUACUGAAAUUACAGACCAAACGAAUAUUUUAAAAGAUGACAGCAAAACGGACAUAGAAAUUUUGGAAUUAAAAGACGACGAUAAUGAAACUGAGAGUGUAAAUAAUGUAAUUAUUACUAGCGACAAUUCUUUAAUUCAAGAAGAAGUUGAAAAUACUGCAGCUAUUUGUAAACAAGAUAAUUCAAUAGAAGUUGAUGAAGAAGAAUCCAUUAAAAAUAUUCAAGAACAAAGUCAAGAACUUGAGAGAGUAAAUAAAGAUUGUGAUAGAAAUGAGAGUAUAUUUACUCCGUUACAUGGCUUAUACUUUCAUUUGAUAGUAUUUAUGAUUUUUUGUGAGAUAUCAGCAAUAAGUAUACCAUCUGUACUUACUUGGGCGAGGAAUUUCAAACACAGUAAAGUGCUGGUUGAUGAUCCAUCAUAUAUUCCAACAAUUAUUGUAUUUAUCAGUGCAUUUUAUCUCUGGGAUAUUGAUAUUCCGAAAACUAAUUUAAAAUACAAGAACUUUUUUGGAAAUAUUUUAUACAUGAUAGCUGUAUUUACUGUUAUCUAUUCUACGUUAACCGUAUAUCGUUUAUCAUAUUUCCUAUCGAUUACUUUACUGUUAGUGGCAUUAUAUCAACGUUUUGCACCUAUUGACGAGGAAAUCGGUGAUUUUAUUAUUGUUGAUAAUUCUGAUGAAAAUAAUGAACUUAUGGAAAAAAUUAAGACUGAAGAGAACGAACAAAGUAUGAUGAAAAGCAAAUUGGAUUAAAAGCAUUGAACAAAGAUAUAUCGAUCAAAUAAUUUUUGAAGAUAUCCAAAUAUAAUACAAUUUUAGAAAAUCAACGCCCAACAAAUAAUACUCAUU